ACCCCCACCGGCCACCGUCGUUGCUCCCUGUCCUUCUCUGCGUUGCUCUCUCUCUCUUCUCUUCUUUCUCUCUCUAAAAUCCGCAAAAUUUCAGGGUUUCGCCGUCUGCUCUCGCCCCCUCCGAUGAUCCGCGCGAGCUAGGGCCGCGAUUCCUCUCGUCCGGCGCCCGAACCGCCGCCUCCGUCCGGCCGUUUCCCCUCCCUCUCCCUCCCUCACUCCGCCAGGGUUUCCCCGCGGCAUUCCGGCGGCGAUCGGCGGCGCAGCCAUGGGCGGCGACUGGCAACCCCUCCUGCAAUCGGUCUUCAUCGGCCUGAUCUUCUCCUACCUCCUCGCGAAGCUGAUCUCCCUGCUCUUCACCUUCAAGGAAGAGGGCCUCACCGUCGCCCGUGCCCCUGCCCCGCCCCCGCCCCCCCCCCCCGCCCCCGCCCCCGCGGCGGCGAAGCGGCCGGGCUCCGGAGCUGGAGAUGCCGCCGAGCCCGACGGGGCCGACGGUGGCGGCGAGUCGCGCGACUCGGAUUCGGUGGUGGCCGAGCACGGCAGCGUGAGGAACGAGAGCGCGGCGGGGACCGACGACGACGGCGGCGGCAGCGAUAGCGAUUGGGAGGGGGUGGAGAGCACGGAGCUGGACGAGAUCUUCAGCGCGGCGACGGCGUUCGUGGCGGCGGCCGCGGCCGAUCGCCUUUCCCAGAGAGUGUCGAGUGAUGCUCAGUUGCAGCUGUACGGAUUGUACAAGAUUGCGACCGAGGGGCCGUGCACUGCGCCGCAGCCAUCCGCGUUGAAAAUGACUGCGAGAGCUAAGUGGCAAGCAUGGAAUAAAUUGGGUGCGAUGCCACCUGAAGAAGCGAUGCAGAAGUACAUUGACAUUGUUACUGAGCUGUAUCCUACUUGGAUUGCUGGCUCAAGUAUGAAGAGCAAAGGCAGCCAUGGUGAUGCACCAAGUACAGAGGCUAAAGGACCGAUGGGGCCAGUUUUUAGCACAUUUGUGCACGAGGAACCUGGAACGGAGUCGAAACUGGAUGCUAUACAUGCUUUUGCUAGAGAAGGCGAAAUAGAUAAUUUACUUAAAUGCGUGGAAGCUGGUGUUUCAGUUAAUGUGAAAGAUAGUGAAGGUAGGACCCCACUGCAUUGGGCUGUUGACCGUGGUCAUUCGAAGGUCGUGGAAAUGCUUGUCAGCAAGGAUGCUGAUGUAAACGCAAAGGACGAUGAGGGCCAAACUCCAUUGCAUUAUGCCGUUGUAUGUGACAGAGAAGGAAUCGCCGAAUUCCUUGUGAAGCAAAAUGCAAGCACGGAUGUGAAGGACAAUGAUGGCAACACUCCUCAUGAUGUUUGCGAGUCAGAUUGGCCCUGGAUGCGAUCUGCUGUGGUGCAUGCAGACUAAAUCCCAAUUCUAACUCAGUUCUUCCUCCUAGGGGCCAUGAAAUGCUCAUCUAAAUCGCCGCGUGAUGUACAUAUGGCUAUAUAUAGACUUAUCUUCCUCGUUCGUUUUGUUGUUAUGUUCCAGUCAGCAUUCUAAAUGGAUAUUGGGGGCGCUAUUGUCAGUCCUUAGUCCUAUCGUGUAUGCGAUAUUGUUCAGAAUGCACGUUGAAUCUCGGUAAAGGAAAAUGAAAGCCGUUCCUGGAAGGCAUUAAUCUAAGAUCCGAUGGGGAGGGGGUUUGUGUUUC